UCCCCCCGGACCCUCCUCACCCGCCCCGUCACCCUUGGGUGUCUUCAUGACCGGAGCCCGGACAGGAUAACGAGAAGAAAGAAAAGAAAGAAAAACAACAUAACCUUUAUCGGAUUUUUUUUGUUGUUAUUGCUUCACCGACCUUUCCCCUUUUUUUGUUCUUCUUUCCUCAGUUGAUUCCACAUCGCUGCCGUUCGGUUGGAUUUUCUUUUUGUUUUAUUUAUUGUUUUAUUUCCCUGGCUGUUGCAGAGGAGCGCCACCAUCCUGCACCGCCUGACAUGAGUACGCGCUUUUAUCCGGUUGCAGCGGAAUGACACAUAUAUCCUAGCCCACAUAUCAGAAGCUUGAUGGAAGAUUGACGCUCCCUUUGCACGUUUUCGUAGCCUAGAUUAUUCUCUGUCUUCAGAGGUUUCGGAUUUUUUUUUUGCCUCACUGAGCCGACAUCCGCCCGCUCCGGCGUUUCUUUCUCUCUUUCCCCCUUUCUUUCUUUCUCUGCGCAGCAUCUCUCUGUACGCACGGCGCACCACGGAGAAACGCGCAACACAAACCCCGCCGUCCGUAAGAAACAGACGUAUUUUCCAAUUCCUAAAUCGCUUUCGCUUUCUCUAGGGACUCAUCCACAAGGCUACGUUGCGUAGAGGGAAAAAAAAAAGGAAAAGGGGGGAUUUAAACGCAAACGCAGCCCAAGCAUCCAAGACCAAGCUCGAAAAUGAUGGCCGGCGGAGCAGUACAGCAAAACGGGAUUUUCUCAAAUCCUCACCAUCACAGUCAACAGCCACACAUGGAGUCCGAUCCCCCAGAUUCGCGUAAAAGACCCCUGGAGACUCCCACGGAGGCCAGCAGCACCAAACGCACAAACACGGGAGUGGCCUUCCUGCAGCCCCUAUUUGAAACUGAAGGCAUUCUAUUCCCUCACCAAGAAACUGAGGCUCAUGAGGAAGGCGAGUACUUCCUGAAGGUUUUGAUUCCCAGCUACGCGGCGGGCUCCAUCAUCGGAAAGGGCGGUCAGACCAUCGUCCAGCUGCAGAAAGAGACCGGAGCCACCAUCAAACUGUCCAAAUCCAAAGACUUCUACCCCGGGACGACAGAGCGGGUGUGUCUGAUCCAGGGCACGGUGGAGGCGCUGAACGGCGUCCAUGACUUCAUAGCUGAGAAGGUGAGGGAGAUGCCUCAGAGCACCCAGAAGACAGAGCCGGUCAGCAUCCUGCAGCCGCAGACCACCGUCAACCCCGACCGCAUCAAACAGGCCAAGCUGAUCGUCCCAAACAGCACGGCAGGGCUGAUCAUCGGUAAAGGCGGAGCCACGGUCAAGGCGGUGAUGGAGCAGUCGGGGGCGUGGGUGCAGCUCUCCCAGAAGCCCGAGGGCAUCAACCUGCAGGAGCGCGUUGUCACCAUCAGCGGCGAGCCCGAGCAGAACCGCAAAGCCGUCGAGAUCAUCGUCCAGAAGAUCCAGGAGGACCCGCAGAGCUCCUCCUGCCUCAACAUCUCCUACUCCAACAUCUCGGGGCCCGUCGCCAACUCCAACCCCACCGGCUCCCCGUACGCCAACUCUGCCGAGGUCAUGCCGGCCGCGGCGGCGGCCGCGGCGGCCACUGCUUCCUCUCUGCUGGGCCAGGCCAGCCUGGCGGGGGUCGGGGCGUUCCCCACCACCAUGUCCAGCUUCUCAGGCAACGACCUGCUGGCCAUCACCUCCGCCCUCAACACCCUGGCCAGCUACGGCUACAACACCAACUCCCUGGGCCUGGGGCUCAACCCCGCCGCCGCCUCCGGGGUGCUCGCUGCCGUGGCGGCAAACGCUAACCCAGCAGCAGCCGCUGCUGCUAACUUGUUAGCGUCCUAUGCUAGCGACGCAUCCACCAGCGCAGCUCACCCUGCAGCCGGCCUGGGGGGUUUCUCCCUGGGAUCGCUGGCCGCCGCUACGGGGGCCACCAACGGCUACCUGAGCGCCGCGUCACCGCUGGUAGCGUCGUCUCUUCUGGCGACGGAGAAGCUAGCAGAAGGCGCCAAGGAAGUGGUCGAGAUCGCCGUGCCGGAGAACCUGGUGGGAGCCAUCUUGGGCAAAGGAGGGAAGACGCUAGUGGAGUACCAGGAGCUCACCGGCGCCAGGAUCCAGAUCUCUAAGAAGGGCGAGUUCAUCCCCGGAACCCGGAACAGGAAGGUGACCAUCACGGGAUCCCAGGCCGCCACGCAGGCCGCACAGUACCUGAUCAGCCAGCGAAUCACCUACGAGCAGGGGGUACGCGCCACCAACCCACAGAAGGUGGGCUAAACCUGACAGCCAAUGAGAAACGAGGAGGAAAAGAGGAAAAAAAGAGUGGGGGCUUGGGGGAGGAAUAUGAAAAAAAGAGAGAGUGAGAAAGGAAAAAGGAGAGGAGAGCAAGAAUAUUGGAAGGAAUCGUCCGCGCGUUUUCUUCUGCGUGUUUUCAGUAUUCUCUUUAAAAAAAAAAAAUGUUUUUUGAUGCGAAGCAAAAAUGUGCUGAGAAGACGAGGAGGGAGAGGAGCGAGUAUCACGCUGGAAAACCAAGAAAAAAAAAUGUGUAAAAUGUAAAUAAGGUUUUAUUACUUAACGUCUUGAUCUUUCGGGAUUUUUUAUUGUUUCGUUUUCUUGUUUUAUGAU